AUGGACGACGAUCCCCCGCAGGGCCUCGGAUGGUUCGCCGAGGCGCACAACCUCCAGGAGGGCGAGAAGGCCAACGUCGUCUUGGGCGAGGACUUCCACACCAACGAGGUCGAGCUGCUCAACCUCAACGACGAGCUGCUCAAGGUCAUCGAGGAUGGCGGUGAGCUGAUGUUCAAGGGAGGACCGGACGACGAGGCCGUGCUGUGCACCGACCGCACCACGUACGCGGUCACGCGCGUGGAGACCAGCAACACGCUGCUGCUCUUCCAGCCCCCGGGCGGUCUGCCCACAAAGGUGCGGCUGCCCGACGGCACCGUCGACGACAUAGACGCGGACGCGGACGAUCCCGACGAUCGCGAUCCCACCGUCACGCCGUUGCCCAAACGCCGCAAGACGGACGACGACGCGACCGGAGCCGACGGCGACGGACCCCCGUCGACACCGGCGGAGGCCAUCAACCGCGCCAUGAAGGACGGCGUGCCGCUCGGCGAGGACGGCCUGAAGGACAUCGUGUCCUUUGCACAGGCGUCGUCGCACCUGGAGGUUGUGAAAUGCGAACCCCGGCUCGGACCGAUGUGGGAGCGGCUUCGCCAAGCGCCGCACGCCUACGCGGGCCCCGAGCGCGAGGCGGAGGAGGAGACGCCCGACGGGGACGCGCCCGGAGCCGACGGUGGCGACGGUGGGGAUCGAACCCGCGGCACCCGGGGAAUCGAGGAGGAGGACCUCGUGGAGAACACGCAGGCGUCGAGGGCGGAGAUUGUCGAAGCGCUUGCAAAGGGUCCCGCGUUUCGCGACCCGACCAACGGCGACAGGUGGCGGGGCAUCGACGAGGCGUACGCGGAUCACAUCCUGGACAUGCUCGUGGCCACGGCGAAGCAACAGGGGAUGUCGCUGGACGCCGUGGACGAGGCGGCGGUGACGGCGGCGAUGGCGGCGGAUGAUCCCCCGACUCCGGCGGCCGUUACGCUAUUCGUCCUCCGCGAGUACGCCGAGGCUCAGGCUCCGGGCGGCGCAGCCACAGCCGGGGGGGAGUCUCCGUGUGUGUGGAAGAUCGACGCGAAGAAGGUGUGCAGGGCGAAGGCGUCGCGGAUGCUCGAGGGGUCCAAAGCCGCGGCGGCGGGGAGGCUCAGGCUCGGAGAGUUCCUCGCCGACUGGUCGGGGCGGUGCGACGAGGAGCUUCGAUCGGCGUGCACGAGGGACCUGCUCAAGGGCCUGGCGCUCAUCGAGAAGGGCGCGAGCGGGAGGGACGAGGACGCGCUCGUGCGCGUGUUCAGGGACGUGGACCUGCCCAAGAACCCUCGGGACAGGUUCAGGGCCAUCUUCGCGCUCAAGCCCAGGUGGCAGAUGGACGAACUCGACGCGUACGUCGCCGCCACGAGCGACGAGACGGUCGAGGCGCAGCUGCUCAAGUACACGCGGGUGAGCCAGCCCACGGCGGACGCCGUUCCGAUCUACUCCAAGCGAUGAGUUACCUUUCGAUUCGACGUAAAAGCAUUCGGGCGUCAGGUUCGGAAUCGUCGCGGCGCUAAAAACACUUUUAAGUAAAAACUUCACGACGGUACCUUC